AUGCGCGUCACUCAGUCCAGGCUCGCAGACUAUGCACAGCGCACAGUAUCAGGCGCCUUGUUUGGCCUCACUGUCUAUGGCGCCGUCGGUAUGGUGGUCCUCUUUCAAAAUCGGCAAAAGCGCAUCAAGGAGAUUGAAGCAGACAUGCGCGCACGAGGAAGCGAUAGCGGGACAUGA